AUGCAGCUCGCCGCCAUGGCCUCGACUUCAGCAGCUGCCCCGUCAGGCGGCAUCGUCCCAGCCCGACUCGGCUUCCUCGCCAUCUUCAACCCUUCUCUCGGCAUGACGGACGAGACCGUCGACGACCAGAUCGUCUACUACUCCUCCGUCACGACACAGGCCUCCAAGCGACGGCGGUCGCGCACCCGUCCGAUCGAGUCCAUCUCCCAGGAGGAGCGCAACGAGCGCCUCCGCCAGAUCGGCCUCGCCCAGGGCAUGGCCAGCUUUAGCCGCGACUUUUCCAACGGCGCCUCCGUCGACGUCAUCGAUACCGAGACGUCAAAGGUCAUCAUGCACGAGCUGGAGGCUGGAUGGUGGAUCCUGGCCAGCAUCGACCUGUCCAAGGCCCCGCUGCCGCCCCGGCUGCCGACCAAGAACGACCGCCGUCAGGAGGAGAGGUUCGAGCACUCGACAAAGGAAAUGAAACCGGCCGCCCUGCUCCUCCGGGACCUCCUCCGGGCCCACAGCCAGUUCCUCUUGCACCACGACUCGUCCCUCGGCGCGCUCUUUGUGCGAUGCCGACGGGCAAAGUUCGUCGCCCUGCUGGGCCGUUACUGGGACCUGUUCCUCUCCACCUGGAAUGUCAUGUUGCACGGAAAUCCGGCGCGCAGCGUCUUUGGCGGCAUCAACUUGGCCGCCUCGGGCGAGCUCGGCGUAGGAGUUGGAGAGGAGGACCGGGGAAGCGGGGAGCGGGACGUGCUCGAGGGGCUUCCCGGCAGGGUCGAGGGCCUCGUCGACCUCGUCGUUUCCAAGUUUGGAACCGAUCUCGCCUCCGAAGACCCGAAACAGGCGGACAAAGGGCAGGACCAACCAUGGUUAGGCACAGGACGAGAGCCAGACGCCGUCGACGGAGCCAUCUUCCUCGGCACCGGCGCCCUGUCCAGCAAGUCGCUGCGGGAUGUGACCCACUGGAUGGAGGACCUGUACACGUGGGGAGAGCACGCCUACGGCGUCUUCCAGUGCCCGACGUCGAUUCGCAGGAACAAGGCCAGACACGUCUCCCACGGCUCCCACGACAUCAAGUCAAAGGCAGCCGAGCCAAGGACGGGGACAGCAGCUGCCUCGUCGUCUCCCCCGCCCCCAAAGGAGGCGCCAGCCCAGUCGCCGCCGCGGAAGGAGGCGGAGGACGGCAAGCUCGAUAGGAUGCUCAACUACAUGAAGCUUGGCUACGGAUCAUACUGGACCAUAUAUGGUACCGGCUCCGCUGAAUCGUCCGCAAGCGAGCCCACGAAGGUGCUGGCCGAGCAGGCCACGGCCAAGUCUGAUGAACAGUCACAGGCGCACCCAUCCAAGGAACCAUCGGCCCGUUUGCCGGCCGACGAGUCUGUUGGCUACUAUCUCAUCGGCCUCAAGGGGGACAUUGAAGAGCGCUCCCGUGGCGACCUCGAGGCUGCCGCGGCCGAGUCCAACUCCGAGGCCGAGUCCAACUCACGAACUGUCUUGCGAACGGUCCAUGUCGAACUCGAAAGCGACACCGCCACGGACCGGGCCGAGGCCGGAAUCGCCGAGGGCACUGCUCAUUCGACCGGCGCCCGUGCACCGUCACGAGCCACCGGCAGCAUGCUCGCGUCCUAUUGCUCUCGAGACUGUAGCAAGACCGAGAAGCUGCGCGCCGUCGUUUACGUCAACCGCCCCCUCAUCUUUGCCUUAUUUUUUCGCCUCCACACCGACUCGCUUGCCUGGGAUGCCUUGUACCGUUCCUUGCAUGGCCAACUUGCGCCGCUCAUGAAGCCGCUGCUCGCAUCGACCAAGUAUCGUCCCGAGAAACCGGAUGCUUCGGGUUCGUCGAAUAGCAUCUACAACCUCGUCUGGGACCCGCUCACGCUGACCCUUCACUCCACCAUUCCCAACAUACCCGAGCUUGUCCGCUCCGACUGUUGGUCCCGUGCCGAUGCCGUCAACACCCACCUUCACCUGCUCAGCAUCCAUCUGGCGACCCAGUCUUGUCCCGGCGAUCUGGAGCGUACGCAAAAGACGAACCGUGGCUGGUGGCUCGUGUGGACGCGCCUCCUCUCUCGACCCGAGGUCCGCAGCAAUCUGCCGGUCAUCUACGAAGCCUCCGCUUCCCAUUCCCCUUCGCCCUCCCCGUCGUCCGAUGCAGGCAGAAGCAAGCGCGGCGGCGACGAUGACGGGAAGGGCUUGCCGCCCGUGGCGAAGGAGGUAUUCCUCAUUCGUCGGGCCAGCGACCACUCCAGCUUCCGCGGGUCGGUGGACGAAGGAGGCGGAGGCGGUGGCGGAGCAGACGCGGCACGCAGGCUCGCGCAGGGGAUCGGCGUUGAUACGAGGCGUUAUAUCGAGGAGCUCCUGAGCUUCCUGUGA